AAUCUGUAAGCGGUAAGGUUCUCCUUGUGAUUUGAAUACAUCAGUUUAGAAAGGGUUUAUACACGUAACCACAAGCCAUGUCUAACAAUACAACAUAUAUAAGUAUACACAACCAAUACCAGUUAAUAGCUGCGCAGACGCCUACAUGGUUUCAUUUUACAUCCGGCAUUAUCCUUCUUACGACAACACUUGUAUCUAUAAUUUUUAAUGGAUCUGUUGUUUAUGCAUUAUUGGUAAAAGAAAAGAAGCCAGCGACUAGAAUCACUACGUAUAUUGUCGUAAUAUGCUGUUUGAACUUGUUUAUGGCAGGUUUUGGAACACCAAUGGUGGUUAUAUCCUGUUUCAACAAAGUAUGGUACUUCGGGGAAUUAGGUUGUACGUACUACGGAUUUUUGAUGUCAUUUGUAGCACUUGCUUCAAUACUUUUUUUGACUAUGAUUUCCGUCGACCAGUAUAUAUAUAUUGUUAAACACAAUUUAUCAAGACAUCUAUCAACCCUACCAGCCAUCAUAUCAAUUACUUUGGGCAGUAUCCUUACCCUUGGUUUAUGCAUAUGUCCAUUAAUUGGAUGGAACCAUUACACAUAUGAAGGAGUUGGAACCGCAUGCGCAAUGAAUCUGAGUGCAGAAAACAAUAACGCAAAAUCGUUUGUUUUGACGAUCUUUUCUCUCUACUUUGUUUUACCUAUUUUGGUGAUGAUAUUUGCCUACGGAUCUAUUUAUGCAAAGGUGUUGAAAGAUGCCAAGAACGAAUCGGCAAAUCAUCGGAGGGAAGAUUCUGAUGCCAAAAGAAAAGAACUUCGAAGGAAGAUGACCGUCGAACAGCGUCUUGUAGUUACUGUGUCCAUUAACAUUGGUUUCUUCUUAAUAUGUUACACACCAUACGCAUUUAUAGUUAUUUGGAAAGUAUUGAAUACGGAUGCUGAAAUUGACCCAAUUGCCAUGGCUAUUCCAACCAUGCUUACUAAGAUUGCAGGAAUUUUUACUCCAUUUGUUUAUCUGGGAAAAAACAAAGCCUUUCGAGAACAUAUGUUAAGUAUAUACCCCUGUUUUAGAUCGAAACAUAGAGUUCAUCCAAGUAUUGACGGUGGACCACGCACAACAGUAAGUCACAAAGAAGAAACGGCAGGCGUGCAUUCUACCAAAACAAAAGAGACCAACAACACAAAUCAUCGUGAAGAUAGACAUUCUGCAGUCGCGGUGUAUACUGUAGAAACAUCUGAUAUUUAUGAAUAUCAAAAGGAAUCUUCUUUUUCAAAAAUUGUUCCAAAAUCUUUGGUGGAUAUUACAGAUACAAUUGAUACAGAGAGUAUCAUUAUAGUAUCUGAUGUUUAG